GGCCCUCGAUUGGUUCGUCGAGGUUUGUCUCUGAACUUCUGAUUGGCCUCCGGUUUGUAAUCCCAGACGAGGAGGCGGAGCCCCCCGAGAGAGGAGAGGGACCAGCUCUUAAAGAAGAGACCUUCAGCAAGGAGGCAGAGCAGCUUUCCUUCAGCUCUUUUGCUUCUGACAGAGAUUUUACAAACCAGCGGACAAAGAUGGCGAGCACCUUCACCCGUCUGAUCUCCGGCCGCAACACGGCGGUGCUGCUGGCCAGUCUGGGCGCGGGAACCGUGGCCACCGGCUUGUUGUUGAGCGAGAACAGCACCCUGGCUGCCGAGGCCAAGAAGAUGCUCUAUCCUCCCAGCUCCGACUUCCCCGACCUGAGGAAACACAACAACUGCAUGGCCUCGGCUCUGACUCCGGCCGUCUACGCCCGACUGAGGGACAAGCUCACCCCCAACAACUGGACCCUGGACCAGUGCAUCCAGACCGGAGUGGACAACCCGGGACACCCUUUCAUCAAGACGGUGGGCUGCGUGGCUGGUGACGAGGAGAGCUACGAGGUGUUUGCUGAACUCUUCGACCCCGUCAUCAAAGACAGGCACAACGGCUACGACCCCAAAACCAUGACCCACCCCACCGACCUGGACGCGUCCAAGGUGUCCGACCCAAACCGUCCCUCCCAGAUCCCUCCAUCCGUCUGCUGCUCCACCUUUUAUAAAAAAAACAAUAACAUCUUUCUUUCUGUCUCUCUCUCCUGUGUGGACCUCCAGAUCACCAAUGGCGUAUUUGAUGACAACUACGUGCUGUCGUCUCGCGUCCGUACCGGCCGCAGCAUCCGCGGGCUGAGCCUCCCCCCGGCCUGCUCGAGGGCCGAGCGCCGCGAGGUGGAGCGGGUGGUGGUGACGGCCCUGGCCGGUCUGAAGGGAGACCUGGCCGGACGCUACUACAGCCUGGGAGACAUGACGGAGAAGGAGCAGCAGCAGCUCAUCGAUGACCACUUCCUGUUUGACAAGCCCGUCUCUCCACUGUUGACAUGUGCCUUUAUGGCCCGAGACUGGCCAGACGCCAGGGGCAUCUGGCACAACAAUGAGAAGACCUUCCUGAUCUGGGUGAACGAGGAGGACCACACCAGAGUCAUCUCCAUGGAGAAGGGAGGCAACAUGAAGAGAGUGUUCGAGAGAUUCUGCAGAGGACUCAAGCAGGUGGAGCACCUGAUCCAGGAGAGAGGCUGGGAGUUCAUGUGGAACGAGCGUCUGGGCUACAUCCUCACAUGUCCCUCCAACCUGGGCACCGGCCUCAGGGCGGGCGUGCACGUACGCCUGCCAAAACUCAGCAAGGACUCACGUUUCUCCAAAAUCCUCGACAACCUGCGGCUGCAGAAGAGAGGCACGGGAGGCGUGGACACAGCCGCCACCGGAGACACCUUCGACAUCUCCAACAACGACCGUCUGGGAAAGUCUGAGGUGGAGCUGGUCCAGCUGCUGGUCGACGGGGUCAACUACCUGAUCGAGUGUGAGAAGAGGCUGGAGAGGGGACAGGACAUCAAAGUCCCCGCUCCCAUCACUCAGUUCAGGAAGUAAGAGCCGGGACUCGUCGAGCCGUCGGCGUCGGCUCUCAGCUCGGUGCUCCGUCUCCCAGUGGAGGCGGUGGACGACCGCAGAUCGCCGUCUGUCCACCGCUCCAGAGGACGUCUUCAGUCGUCCUGCAAACAUCACAAAUCUUUAGGGAAACCUAAUCUUAGACAGGGGAGAAUUCUACCUCAAGUUAAGGUCUUCACUGUAACCCUGACUUCAAUAAAACCAACAGUAUUAAUCACUGA